AUGUUCAAUACGGCAAGCAGCCACGGGAAGUUGCCCGACUACUCCAACCGGCCCAUUCCAAACUUUGGGCAAGAGCCGGCUCUUCAGCCCAACAUGGCACUAAACGACGAGCAGAUCUACCAAUGGAUCUCGGAGCUUGUGUCUAGUCUGAAUAGAGAAAAGGCGCUUUUGGAGUUGGGCAAGAAAAGAGAGCAGUACGAUGACUUGGCGCUCGUGUUGUGGAACUCGUUUGGGGUGAUAACGGUGUUGUUGGAGGAGAUCAUCAGCGUGUAUCCGUACUUGGACCCACCCAACUUGACGGCGUCGGCGUCCAACAGGGUGUGCAACGCGUUGGCUCUCCUUCAGUGUGUGGCCUCGAGCGUGCAGACCCGCGGGUUGUUUUUGAAUGCAAACUUGCCGUUAUACCUCUACCCUUUCCUUUCCACCAAUGCCCGGCAACGGUCCUUUGAGUACUUGAGGUUGACGAGCUUGGGUGUCAUUGGAGCCUUGGUGAAGAACGAUACCCCGGAAGUGAUAAAUUUCCUACUAAGUACCGAGAUUGUGCCGCUUUGCCUCAACAUCAUGGAGAUUUCCUCGGAGUUGUCCAAGACGGUUGCUAUUUUUAUUUUGCAAAAAAUCUUGCUCGACGACCAAGGGUUGAGCUAUGUCUGCACAACGUUUGAAAGAUUUCAUACCGUGGCGUCCGUGUUGGCCAAGAUGGUUGAUCAGCUCAGCGCAACCACUAAAGUUGGCGCUCUUGGUGGCCAGAACCAACAGAUGCAAGCCCAGCCACCGCAGGGCCAAGGUCCCGGUCAAACCGCGGCGUCGGCGUCGUCGUCGUCUAACAGCUCUGGCCGUUUACUCAAGCAUGUCAUUAGGUGCUACAUGAGGUUGUCGGACAAUAUGGAAGCUCGAAAGGCAUUGGGCAGUGUGUUGCCGGAGCCGUUGCGCGAUGGCACCUUCUCGGCGAUAUUGCACGAUGAUGCGGCCACCAAGAGGUGUUUAGCGCAGUUGCUAAGUAACAUCAAUGAGCAAUGA